AUAGGCAAUUUCGAUUGUUAAGAGAAGAAAUGUUGAACGCAUUUCGAACAAGUAUUAAUAGUUUUUUGACACUUAUUGGAAAACCAAAUCAGAAUAGAGUUAAGAUUGAUGACUAUAAAAAGAGUGGCGGAAGAUAUAGAAAUGAAAAGUCUGAUAGUGGUGGUGACUUGAACGUGUAUCCAAACGUUCACUUUACCGAAGUUAUUGCGGAUAGUCGUAAUGGUUUUUUCUUUUGCGUUGCAUUUACUCCACCAUCCAAGGAAAUGUCUACUCGAACUGAAUAUGAUCGAAGAAAUUAUUGGAAAGAUGCUAAAAAACUUGGAAAUGGGAAUUUAGUUUGUCUUCUUUGGCCAAACGAAGAUAUUAAUAACUACGUGGGAAAUUCAAUUUCAAUUUCAUCAAAAUAUUCGUUAUAUUUUGGCACUAUUGCAUAUAGAAAUGAAUAUAUUUUGGCAAGAAAUAAAGAAUUUGCGGAAAUUGGUAUCAAUUUUAUUGAUACUUCAUUACAUCCGAUUGCCAUAAAAGAUAUUUCGUUAAGACAUAAAAAUAAUAGAGAGAUUGGCUAUAG